AUGGAAAAUUUGAAUGAGAUAUGGCCUUGUGACUUCACAACGAGUGAGGAAGUUAAGUUGAGAGAGAUUGAAGUGAGUAAGUGUGAGAAUAUUGCGAAUAUGUUUCCAUGCAAUCCCAUGCCAUUGCUGCAACAUCUUGAGAUACUUAAAGUCAGAGAUUGUGGUUCCAUUGAAGCGUUAUUCAACACUGUAUUUGACAAAGGCAACAUUAGCUUGAGAAAGAUUGAGGUGAUCGGUUGUGGUAAACUUGUGAAUUUGUUUCCUUGCAAUCCAAUGCCAUUCUUGCAUCAUUUGGAAGAGCUCCAAGUGGAUGAAUGUGGUUCCAUUGAAGAGUUGUUCAAUAUUCACUUGGAUUGUGUUGCUGCAGAUGAAAAAGGCAGCAUCAGCUUGAAAAAGAUUAAGGUGUUUAGAUGUGAUAAACUUGUGAAUCUGCUUCUGUGCAAUCCGAUGCCAUUGUUGCAUCAUCUUGAAGAGCUUGAAGUGGAAAAAUGUGGUUCCAUUGAAACAUUAUUAAACAUUGAUAUCGAUUGUGUUGGUGAGACUGGAGAAGGCAGAAGCAGUAGCUUGAGAAGAAUUCAAGUUGAGAAAUUAGGGAAGCUACAAGAGGUGUGGAGAAUAAAAGAUGCUAAUCACUCUCAUUUCCCUAUCCGUGGCUUUCAAGCUGUUGAAAGCAUAAGUAUUAGUAGUUGUGAGAGAUUCAGGAAUGUAUACUCACCAACCAGCACCAACUUUGAUCUGGGGGCGCUUACCUACAUGAGUAUAUCUGAUUCGGUUGAAAUUAGGCGAAAAUAUGGCUUGGUGGAAAGUAGCCUAGGGAAAGAGAAUACUCUGUUCCCAACCUGUCUCAUACAUUUGUUUCAUAAUCUCCGUAAGCUUGAGUUGGACGGAUCUGAAGGAGUGGAGGUGAUAUUUGAGAUCUAG